AUGAGAAAAGAAAUGGUAGUGAAGAAGGAAGCGAAAAGCGAGAAGCGGAACACGGAAAACAGAGAGGAAAGAGAUGGAAGAAAGAAGGUGAAAGAUGAAAAGAUGGAAAGCGGAGAAUUGAGAGAAAUAAGAGAGGAAUUGAGAGGAAUAAGAGAAGGUAUAAUGGACUUGGUGGGGUUAUGGAGGAAGUGGAUAGAGAAAGAGAAAGGACCGGGAAAAGGCGGAGAGAAGAGAGAGCGGAAGGAAAGCAGAAAGGAGGAGAGGACGGAGGGACAAAAAGAGCAGGAAUCAACAGGUGAGAAAAAUGAAAAAGGAGAAGUCAAGAGGAGAGGGAGCGGAGACAGGCAGCGGGACAGCAAGGAGAAGAGGGAAGAAGAGAGAAGGAAGAAGGCCACGGAGGAAGGAGGAGAGGUAAAGGAAAGGAAGAUAAAAGGAGAGAGGAGGAAAGAGGAGGUGAAGAGCAAGGAAAAGAAGCCAGAGGGGGGAGAUGGGGUGAAAGACGGAGAAGAGGAAUACAAGAAGAGGAGAGGCGAGAAGAAUGAGGUGACGGAAGAGAUGAUGGAGGAGUGGUAG